UCUGACUACAAUACGAAAUAAUGAAGGUUACAUAUUAGUAAAAUAAAUGUUACAUUUAGUAACAGUAUUGUAUCAACGAUAAUAAUAUACUAAUAAGAAAUACGAACAUACGAUGAUAAGGAUAUUGUUUAACUUUAUUCGUAGAUUUGACUUGCACGAGAAACUAUGGAUUCAUCCAAAUCAAGCAUAUUCUACAACAGCCAAAGAGAAGGUUAUAAGUAAGAUGAAAAUAAAAUUUUUUCCGGAAGAAAACAGAAUUUUAAAAGUAGCAAAUGAAAGUAAUAAAAGUGAAUUAGAGAAAUAUGUUUACCCAUCAAUUGCUAAAAAAAUAAUAGCACAACGCAAUACAAAUGGACCUUACAAAUCGUUGGACGAUUUAUUUGUAAUAGAUGGAUUUAAGAAUAAUGCAAUAUACACAUUUUGUACUUCAAUUAUCGCAAAUAAUAGUGGAAAACAAUCAAAUAGGUACACAGUAACACCUGACAUUCAAAUGAAUGAGAUACCAAAAACAGUAUUAGGAAUUCAUGUAGGACCUACCUUGAUAAGUUGGUUAUUAAUAAAUCACAACUUUGAAGUGUUAGAUUGGAACUUCAAACAUUGGUACGAUACCAAACUAAAUAAUUCACAUAGCCUAAUCACAUUGGUACCAUCUGUCGUUGAAAGAAUACCUGCAGCUAGUGUUUAUAUAAUGGAAGAUGCUCAGCUCAUAAGGAACUCAAUAGCUAAAAACAUUAUGCAUAUUCAACAACAACUAUCUGUUUCUAUCAUGUCUUAUCUAUCAUUGAGAGAUAGAAAAAACCAAAUUGCAUCACCUCUGAAUAAUAUAUUUAUAUUACAUCCCAAUACAACAGCACGUCAUUUUAAUCUUCUUCUUGGUUCAGAAGUUGUGGCAGCAGAGUAUGUUGUAAAAAUUAACAAUACCAACUGUACUCUUAAGAUGAAUAGCACAGAAUCAAUGAAUUUAUACUUAAACUAUGAUAUAUUAGACAGAUAUAUGGAAGGAAACAGCGAGGAACAGGAGCAAAUGAGAUGGUCUCUUUUGAAGAGUAUAACCUUUUUACGCUUAAUCGCGAUUAGAAACAAUUUUAAAGAAGUAUGGAAAGGCAAGCAAAACGAAGAAACAAUAAAAAAUUAAUUAUGUAAUUAUUAA